AUGGAAAAUAAAGAAGAGAAUUCAGAAAGAGUAGUGGAUUAUGACGAGCUUCUCUCGUCUGCCGGAAAGUUCGGCAAAUAUCAACUAUAUUUAUUCUUCAUUACGGGCCCUUUCUAUAUCUUCGAUGUCUUCGCGUACUUCUCACAAAUGUUCAUGACGGAGGUGUCACCGAACCAUUGGUGCUGGAUACCGGAAUUGGAUAACUUGACGGACCUCGAGAGACGAAACCUCGCUAUACCCAAUGACGCUAACAGCCGCUUCGGGUACUCCCAAUGUUCUGCAUAUACUGCCAAUUGGACAGACGUUUUACUCACUGGAAGCUACCCCAACGAAUCAUGGCCUACCCAGGCAUGUCAGAACGGAUGGGAAUUCAACAAGACCGAAAUACCGUAUCCCACUAUUUCCAGUGAACUGGGGUGGGUGUGCGAACGAAAUAGUUAUCAGGCAACCGCGCAGUCUAUAUUCUUCUUAGGCUCGAUCGUAGGUGGAUUUAUAAUCGGCUGGAUCGCUGAUAGAUAUGGAAGAUUACCAGCUGCUACAAUAAGCAACAUGAUCGGGUGCAUCGCUGGUGUAGGAAGUAUCUUCGCGAGAGAUAUGAUAGAGUUCUCCAUCUGCAGAUUCGUAGUUGGAAUGUGUUACGACAAUUGUAUGAUGAUGACCUAUCUACUCGUACUGGAAUACGUAGCUCCGAAAUACAGAAGUCUUAUAACCAAUCUUCCCUUUGCGAUUUUCUUUACAUUUGGAGCGAUGAUAUUGCCGUGGAUAGCCUUAGCUUGCAACGACUGGAAGACUUUAAGCUUAGCGACGAGCAUUCCUAUGGCAUUAGCUUUGUUGGCACCAUUCAUUAUACCAGAGAGUCCCAGGUGGCUUUUGUCGAAGAACAGGGUAGAUGAAGCCGUUCAGAAGGCAGUGGACAUUGGUAAAGUCAACGGUGUCACAGUGCCAACUAAAUUGAUUGAAGAGUUUAAGUUCUCUUGUAAGAAUAAAAAGCAAGAAGAGAAUACGAACUCGAUAGAGAUAUUCAGACGGCCGUUAACGCGUAAAGUGUUUAUCUGCGUGUGUAUUGAAUACAUGUGCUGCGGUAUCGUCUUCGAUGCGUUAUUAAGAAGUAUAGGCGCUUUGGGCUUUGAUUUUUUCCUAUCGUUCACGAUGAUAUCAUUUACCGAGUUCCCAUCACUAAUUAUAAUAACUUUCCUAUUAGAUAUUAUAGGUCGUAAGUGGGUAUCCAUUUCGUCAUUAAUUAUAUGCGCUAUGUUUUGUGUCUUGACUGCAUUUAUUAGUGAGGGUCUACCUUCGGUUGUUUGUGCUAUUUUAGCAAGAUUUGCUGUUAAUAUGUCAUUCAGCACCGCUAUGCAGUGGUCUGCUGAGGUGGUCCCGACAUCUGUCAGAGGUUCCGCUGCCUCGAUCGUUCAUAUAUGCGGUUAUUUGGCAACUUGUAUUUCUCCGUAUAUCGUAUAUUCGGGGAAUUUUAUCGCGUGGCUGCCCUUAGUGUUGACAGCGGUUAUUUCACUAAUCGGUGUCGUUUGCGCAUGUAUGAUUCCUGAAACUGGGGGAAGGGAAAUGCCCCAAACGUUUGCCGAUGCAGAAGAAUUAAUUUCGAACCAAGAAUUAUUUGAUAUACCAAUUUUGAGAAAGAGAAAACUGAAAAAUAAGGUUGGCGAGAAUAACCAGUCCUUUGAAAUGAAUUAA